AUGUCUUUUCUUUCUGUAGCAGAACUCCCGCCACCUUACACUGCCAUUGCUAGCCCAGAUGCCAGUGGUGUUCCUGUAAUAAAUUGCCGUGUGUGCCAGUCACUAAUCAAUUUGGAAGGGAAGCUUCACCAACAUGUGGUCAAGUGCACAGACUGCAACGAGGCUACGCCUAUCAAAAACCCUCCUUCAGGGAAAAAGUAUGUUAGAUGUCCAUGUAACUGUCUGCUUAUCUGUAAGGAUACAUCACGGAGAAUAGGAUGUCCAAGACCCAAUUGUAGACGCAUCAUUAAUCUCGGUCCAGUUAUGCUGAUUCCAGAAGAGCAGCCAGCGCAGCCUGCAAUACCUGCUCAGCCAGAAGGCACCAGAGUAGUAUGUGGACACUGUGGAAAUACAUUUCUAUGGAUGGAACUGAGAUUCAACACAUUGGCAAAGUGCCCACAUUGCAAAAAAAUUUCUUCUGUAGGAUGUGCGCUCCCACGAAGACGGUGCUGUGCAUAUAUUACAAUUGGAAUGAUAUUUAUCUUCAUUGGUGUUGGAUUAACUGUUGGUACCCAGGAUUUUGCUAGAACAUUUCAUGCCACUUAUGUUUCAUGGGCUGUUGCUUACCUCUUUGGCUUAGUGUGCUUGGUUCGAGCCUGCUAUUGGGGAGCUGUAAAAGUCAGUUAUCCAGAACACAGUUUUGCAUAGACUUCUAAUAGUAUCUUAUUGGAAAAUGGAGCUUUCUAGAGAAUCUGGUGGUUAUAGGAGCCGAAUAAUUUAAACAGUUUUCUUAUUAAAUGUUUCUGUUUUGUUACUAAAGUUUUAAGGCUGGGGAUCCUUUUAAGAACAAAUGUUCAUUGCACUACAUUAUAUGCAAAUAGUUUGUUUUGCUGCUAGAUUCCCAAACUCUGAAUACUAAAGCUUUGUUUACACAAUUGUACAUCUGUCUUAAAAGAACUGCAGAAUUCAAUUUCAAUUUAUAGUAUUUUUUUUUCAGUAUUAAAUGUGCUUGUGCCAUUUGGGGAUGAAUAUGUAAAAGCGAGAAAUAUUUAUAGGUGUUUCUACAAGUGCUUCACAUUUGUAUGUACACUUUUAAAACUGUCAAAGCAACUUGCUUUAGGAUGUUAAGCAAUAAAUAUUUUGCUUGAAAUGCUUAGUUUAACUUUCACCUAAGAUCAGCGUGACCUUAAAGAAUGUGCAUCAUUUUCAAAAAAGUGGAGUUUUUCUUAGGGGUAUACUAUCCUUUCAGAUUUCCAGUUUGAGAAAUACAGUAUUUUAGUAGGCUACCUAAAGAAAAAAGUUAAUUUACCCUCUACUGAAAUUCAACUUGAAUAUUCUUUUUUUUUAUUCUUGUAUUUUUUUUAAACAUCCAAAGCCAUGGUUGGAUUUCUGGAACUUCCCUCUGGUUAUUUGUAAGAGUUCCUUAACAGGGUCUAAAUAAGGGAAGUAUUUGAUAUGACUUGUUUUAUACAUUUAGAUGAUUUUAGAGUGAUGUUGGGCUAUCUCUUAGUUGUUUAGAUUGGUCAUUUAUUUUCCAUAAUGGGAUAAUAACUCUCCAGUAAUUAUAAAGGGACAUAUUUAUAGCUUAACUCAGCUAAUAGGAAAUUAAAUAGAGCAAACAAAUUAUUCUCAUCAUUCCAUCAAUAUGUAGCUGGUUGGUACAGUAUUAAAAACUAAUCAAGUGCUAAAUGAUAGAAUAAAAACAAUUUUUUUCAUGACUUGUUCAAAUAGAAUAUUGGGACCAGUUAUUGCACUGACCAACUUUGAGGUUUUACAGAAUAUGGGUUUUUAAAAAAAAAAUCUGAGGGAAUAUCCUGAGCUUUAGAUUAUAGUAGUCCUUAGACAAUGGGAAUCAAGAAAGUAGAUUAAAGUGGAUAUUCUAGGAUUAUAUUAUAUAUAUAAUAACCCUGAUAAAGGACAAAGUGAUACUUGGCUGAGGAUUUGGAGCACAAAAAAAAUCCUAAAUGUACAUGGAAGUUGUCUUUGUAUAAUGUUAAAUGUACAAAAGCAGUAGCUCAGGUUUAUCAUGUACCUUUUAAAAUAUACUAAUAAAGAUGA